UAAUCACUCGACUAAGACACGACACAAAAUGUACAAAUUCCUUCUUGUGGUUGCUUUCUUCGGCACAUGUCAAAGUGCAUCCGUUUCCAACGUUGCUGGACCAGAAGUACCAAUUUUAGCAUCUGAAAACGUUUUGGAAAACGACGGAAAGUUCCACUACAGUUAUGAAUCCGGUGAUGGCACCAAAGUCCACGAAGAGGGCGAAGUUAUCCCGGGUUCAAAACCCGAAGAAGGUUUAGAAAAAGUACAAGGUGGAUUUGAAUUCAAUUCUCCUGAAGGACAGCACUACGUCUACAGUUACACCGCCGACGAAAACGGAUACGUACCACAAGGUGAUGGUAUUCCGGAAGUUCCAGCCGCCAUCGUCAAAUCUUUGGAAUGGAUCGCCGCCCAUCCACAAAAAGCUUAAGGAGGGGAACGUAUUGUUUGUUGAUACUAAACGGCCAGUGAUGCAACGGAAAUGGAACUUUGUAAAUAAAGUGAUAAAAUGUAUAAAAUGAAUGCUUUGUAAAAUCAGUAAAAAAAUAAACAAUAAGUCCAAA